AUGACUAUAUUUCGUUGUUGGAAAUUUUAUCAGGGAAGCACAUGGGAUCCAGAUGGACGCAUGAUACUUAUUACCUUUUCUGAGUCCUCAUCUUUAGGUGCCAUCCAUUUUUCUUCCAAGCCUCCAUUGCUAGAUGCGCAUCUUUUACCUGUUGAUUUACCGGAUAUUAAAACCCUGACAAACAGUAUUGACAAAAUCGCAUGGGAUGCUUCUGGUGAGCGAUUGGCUGUGUCUUACAAAGACGUGAACAAGAUAUACAAGGGUCUUAUUGCCAUUUACGAUGUUAAGAGAACUCCAUUUAUUUCUGCGUCGUUAAUUGGAUUCAUUCGAGGACCAGGAGACAACCCACAACCAAUAACAUUCUCAUUUCACGACAAGUUCAAACAAGGACCGUUACUCUCUGUUUGCUGGAGCAGUGGUUUUUGCUGUACUUAUCCUCUCUUGUUUCGUUCACAUAAUCUUCCUUAAGAAUGGUUAUUUUGUUAUGGAAGGAUUUUUGCAUAGUGUGAUUGAAUGAAUAUUUGGAAUGAACAACAUUAGUUUUUAUCGAUAUGAUAUAAAAUUUCGGUGUCUUAUCUUUUUGGUUACUGUAACGAUAUGAUGAGCUUAGAAUGCUCAAUGUUUUUUUUAGAUAUU